UCUCGUAUUCUAUGGCUAAAAUAUGAUUGAAUUUUUUCCUUAUUUUCUUAACUAGGAUGCAUUUAAACUUAUCUCUCUGCCACCUGUCAGCUGUACCAGAAUUGUUUUGCUCUGCUGGUUCGUUGACCGUGGAAGAAAACACAACAUCAAUUUUACGUCAAAGUCACCGCACGGUCAAACAUUCCAUUGCAGCCUAUCCACCGAAUCCUAUUGCUUCAUUCAACCCGCAACAAUGGAGAUCUUCGGUAACGUCAAGUGUUACGAGUGGGGCAAACUUGGUCGCCAAUCGUUUGUUGCCCAGCUGGCCCAAGCAAAUAACGAACUGCUCGAGGUAGAGGAAAACUCCCCGUACGCGGAGCUUUGGAUGGGUGAUCACGUCAAUGGGCCGGCUACGGUAAAAGGAGAGAGCAAGGGACUAGACGAGGCUAUACGGGCUGAUCCGAUCGGUAUGAUUGGCACUUCCGACGGACGUCUACCGUUUUUGCUAAAAGUGUUGAGCAUUCGGAAGGCACUCAGCGUGCAGGUCCAUCCGGAUAAGGUCGAAGCGGAGAAACUACACCGCCAGUUUCCGGAUGUUUACAAGGACCCCAACCAUAAGCCGGAGUUGGCAAUUGCGUUAACCGAUUUUCAGGCAUUGUGUGGCUUUCGACCGUACGGAGAGAUUGACGGUUUUAUUCAGGAAUAUCCCGAACUGCAGAAACUGUUGGGGGAAAGUGUAUUAGCGAAAUUCCAUGCAAAGGACAAAUCUGCCGUGAAAAUUGCGUACGAACGUUUGAUGCACAGUGCGCCAGAGGAUGUUAAACGUUGCAUCGACGAUAUCGCUAAACGGAUGGAUGGGCAAGAAGCAAUGUUCAAAGAAAUGGGCCAUCUAUUUAUUCGUCUGUACACCGACUUUGGAUGCGAUGUUGGCGUAUUGUCGAUCUAUUUUCUUAACUAUCUUCAGCUAAAGCCCGGCCAAGCGAUCUAUCUCGCAGCGAAUGUACCGCACGCCUACCUCGACGGUGACUGCAUCGAGUGUAUGGCUUGCUCGGAUAAUGUCGUGCGUGCCGGAUUAACACCAAAGUUCAAGGAUGUCGACACACUGCUACGGCUGGUGUCUUACGACUGUUUGCCCGGGGAAAGCAUGCUGUUUCAGCCAAAACUUUUGCAACCCAAAGAGAAACCGUACACACGCACAUUCUUGCCUCCAGUUCCGGACUUUGCUGUAGCUGAGGUUCGCCUACCAGCCGAUGUGCGGGAGUACGGCGUUAGCAAUCCGGCCAAUGGAUCGAUUCUGCUCGUUAUCAGCGGUAAAGGAACAUUAAUGGUUGGCGGGUCGGAAGUCAAGUUAAAAAUGGGAAAAAUUCUCUUCUUGCCUACUAGUGCUGGAAAGAAUCUUCAACUGAUGGUAGAGAACACAAACGAACCAUUCCUAGCGUUCCAGGCAAUGUCCAAUCAGUUCGAAUAAUUUGCCUACUUGAGGACUGUCGAGUUUAGUUAUUUAGUUUCAACAUGUUAUUCUAUUGUUAAAAGUGUGCAAUAAAAAUUUAUAGAAAUAUAUAUGAAAAAUUUUGUCAAAAGCUCUUGAGGCUACAUUUUCUUCUUGGACGGCCAUGCCCUCAGAUAUCU